AUGCAUUAUCAUUUUCCCCAGGUAGUGGUGUUCCUCUCAGGCCUUAUUUUAUCAUUUACAUCACAGGUCUCAGCAGCACUCAAACUACAGGAGACCAAACAUGGAGUCAUUGGCCUCGGGAUUCCUAUGUACAAGCCCGUAUGCUGCUAUGCUUGUCACGAUGCGCUCUCCGCUCUAUAUCUCAACUGUACGACCUUCUCAGAUGACCAUCACUCAGGCAUGGACAUGAAAUUGAGGAAACGAAUGGACAUGGGUGGAGAAACCAUGGCCGACACAAGUACCGAGUGCCGCACCAGAGAUCAGGUUUGGUUGCAAACUUUAGCCUACUGCAUCAGUAGCCACUGCACAGAAGAAGGUGCGGGAGAGCAGCGCCAAGCACAAUGCUUCCAGAAAGUCGCUGCCGAGUUGACUCCUGUGCAAAGCCUCCAGGACUCCAUCCCGAGCCAACCUCCCACGAGAGAACUCGCGGAGGAUGACGAGUGGCUGAACACCACUCAGCUUGUGAAUCCGGUCCUUUAUGCUGAUAACUGGAGGACUUUGGACGAGUUCGCCAAAUCGGAAGAGAGACAUACACGAUACAGUCUGAUUGUUUGGCUCGUCACCAUCGGUCUGAUUCUGAUGGCCGGUGCGUACACGUUAUACCUGGCAGUUAACAAGCCUGGACCUUCCAGCGGCCUGGUACGGAAACUCAACCAGCACCUGUUCAUGCCCUCACUGUUUGGCUCACGCCAGUUGGAGCCUUUGCCCUACAAUAUUGGCUAUGUGCCGAGCCGUAUUCUCUCCUUGUUUAUUUUUAUAUACGUGGCGCUGAACAUCGUAUUCUCCUGCGUGUCUUACAACAUCAAGUCCCCAAAUACCUGGUUUUCCGAAGACCGAGAUCAGCUUGUUUCAUACAUCAGCAAUCGCACAGGAGUGCUCAGCUAUGCAAAUCUUGGCCUUGCUAUUGUGUUUUCAGGGAGGAACAAUCUACUGGUCGCUCUGACCGGAUGGUCCCAGACUACAUUCCUGACAAUUCAUCGCUGGGUCUCCCGUGUGGCGACUGUGCAGGCUAUCGUUCAUUCAAUCAUUUAUACCCUGACAUACUUCUGGUCGGGAGGUGCAGCUGCCUACUAUGCGGAGGCGAAGAAAGCGUACUACUGGUGGGGAAUGAUUGCGACGGUGGCCAUGAGCAUUGCCAUCGCCGCAUCCGUUCUGCCGAUCCGCCUUCGUGCAUAUGAGUUCUUCCUCAUAACACACAUAAUCCUCGCCAUCCUAGCGAUUGCAGGCUGCUGGUACCAUGUGGAGCUACGCUUCAAAAGAAGAUGGGGUUACGAGGUUUGGAUCUAUCUAGCAAUGGCAUUCUGGGGAUUCGACCGACUCAUGAGAUUUGCCCGCGUGGCCUGGUACAACGAGUGGGCAGGUGCGACGCCCAGCAUCGUCGAAAGAAUUCCAGCGUCUGAUUUCCUUCAAAUCACUGUCUUCCCCGGAAAGAGAUGGAGGAAUGCCAUGGGUCCCGGCAAGCAUACCUUCCUUGCCUUUCCCGGGAAAUUCUGGGAAAGUCAUCCCUUCACAAUUGCCGAAUGGGGAACUCUCGAUCCGAAUGCUUACAAAGGACUGGCUUAUUCUUCAGGUGCAAGCUCAGGGGAAUCUUCCAGUAAUGUCUCUUUGUCGGAGAAGUUGCCUGGGAAAUCAACGGAAACAACUGUACGAGAAGCAGCUGUUGACAACCGGUCCGACGCUGAAGGUGAAUUCUUCAUUCGUUUCCUCCUCCGCCCUCACACGGGUAGUACACGCUCCCUAUUUCACAAACUCACAAACUCCUCGACGCCGUCCCAUAACCAUCAUCUUCGGAUCCUCACUGAGGGUCCUUACGCGGGGCAUAGUCAGACCCUAUAUCCCCUAAAACAUGCGGACACGAUUCUAUGUAUCACAGGGGGUAUUGGUGUCACAUAUUCCCUGAGUGUCUUGAAACAAUACCUAGAUCUGCAGAUUAUAGCUACAGAAAGUGGCGCUUCGAAGAAGAAAGCAUUGACCGCGAAAUGCACAAGAUUUGUCUUCGCAUGGUCAGCGAGGGAGGAAGGUCUGAUCAAGCAUGUCACGCAACAUAUGAUUCCUAACAGCCAAACCAAGAAAGCAAACGUCGAGAUCAAGAUCUGGCAGACCGGAUAUUCAGACGACCGUCUAGGUUCCGGCGAUAAGUUCCAGGCCGAAAACCAAACAGCCACGGACGCGGUGAAUGAGAAAACCGAGGAGAUCAUCACGCAAGCGUCUUCGUCGGCUUCUCCUUCUCGCUCGAUUUUUCAACCCAGCAACGGUAGUAUCACUUCACUGACAACAGGCUCACGCAUGCAUAUUCCAUCAGUACUGGAGUCGGUCCUCGAGCCAUCUCGUCGUAUAGCGGUACUCGUAUGUGCGCCCGGAGGCAUGGCAGAUGAUGUAAGGAAGAGCGUUGUUCAAGCGGUAGCAAAUGGGUUUGAGGUCCAGUUGAUUGAAGAAGCUUUUGCUUGGUGA